GAAUGGCCACCAUUGUUUCUCCUCCACAUUUCUCCCCUGUUGAAGAUGCUGAAAACAUCAAGAAGGCUUGCCAAGGAUUUGGAACCGAUGAAAAGGCCAUCAUCUCGAUCCUUGGACACCGGAACUUGUUCCAGAGGAAACUCAUAAGACAAGCUUACCAGGAGAUAUACCAUGAGGAUCUCAUUCACCAGCUCAAAUCUGAGCUCUCUGGCGACUUUGAGAAAGCUAUAUGUUUGUGGGUUUUGGAUCCUCCAGAGAGAGAUGCUCUCUUGGCCAACUUGGCUCUUCAAAAGCCUGUUCCUGACUGCAAGGUCCUCGUCGAGAUUGCUUGCAUGAGAUCCCCUGAAGAUCUAUUAGCUACCAGGCGUGCUUACCGUUGCCUCUACAAGCGUUCUCUCGAGGAAGACUUGGCCUCCCGUACUACCGGCCACAUCAGGAAGCUCUUGGUUGCAACGGUGUCUGCUUAUAAGUAUGAUGGGGACGAAAUUGAUGAGACUCUGGCGCAUUCAGAGGCUGCGAUUCUUCAUGAUGAAAUCGUCGGUAAGGCUGUUUAUCACGAAGAAACGAUUAGGGUGAUAAGUACAAGGAGCAGCGUGCAGCUCUGCGCAAUCUUCAACCGCUACAAGGAUAUCUAUGGAAGAUCGAUCACUAAGGAUAUCCUCAGCCACCCUACAAAUGAGUACCUGAGUGCACUGCGUGCAGCAAUCAGGUGCACCAAAAACCCUAACCGGUACUACGCAAAGGUUUUGCGCAAUGCAAUCAACACAGCAGGGACUGAUGAAGAUGCUCUGACCCGUGUGAUUGUCACACGAGCAGAGAAGGACCUGAAGAAUAUCACUGAGCUGUAUCACAAGAGGAACAAUGAGAGCCUCGAUCAAGCCAUAGCAAAAGAGACAUCAAGGGACUACAAGGCUUUUCUUCUAGCCUUGCUAGGACACGGAGGAAUCUAG